AUGGAAAAGAAGGAAAUAAGUUUUUAUAAAGACAAAUCACGCUAUGUUUUUAUGAAAGUGUUUGGAAAAUAUAAAAAUCAACACAGAUCACUGCAAGAUGUUUUACCACCGCACAAUCGCAACCGCAUUUUUAAACAUAUGCAGUCUAUUGAUUUAUCUUGCAGAAAAAACCGAUUAUUUUUGAUGGACUCCGAUGUCUAUAGACCAUUUUUCGACUGCGUCCAACUGGAUUGGCAUAUUAUUUACGAAAGUAAUGCUCAAUUUUCUUGGUGUGACACUUUAAAUUCUAGUAAUUUAUUCUUGUCGUCGAAAGUAACUAAUGAUAAUCUGAUUUUGGCUGCAAUGUGUUUCGAUUUGGAAGAAGCCUCUCUCCGAGUUAUUAAUUACAAGGUGCAAUAUUCUCAAAACACUGAAGCAGAAAUGAUUAGGAAUAUGAAAUUGAAAGAGUCGCUAGAUUAUACACCGCUCUCAGACGAUUUACAACUUUUAAAAACUAAAAAGUCUUUAUCAUUAACUAAUGAAUUACUACAACAAAAUUUAAAGGAUUUAGAUCAACUAGAACCACUAGUGUCAUUCGCCAACCUAGAGGUGUCGUCCAUUGUACAGGGCCAUUCGUAUGCAAAAUAUUUCAAAGAGUACAAUGAUUUUUUGAAUAUUAUAUGGUGGCGCAAUUUACGUCUGGGAAACUGGAAACUUUUCAUUAAUACUUUGGAAAACUAUGCCGGCAACAAUAAUUUUCAAAUGUUUACCGGAACCUCGCACAUGCUUGAACUUCCGCUAAAUUUAACACACACACAAAGUAAAAAACUUGAAUUGAAGAUUGAUUCGAAAAAUCUAACUAUACCAGCCUACAUUUGGUCUUAUGUUAAGUCCAUUGAUGGUGGUAACCAAGAUUUUAUAAUUGUUGGUUACAAUUCGCCCUUUGCAGAGUUUUUUAACUUGGAUGAUAUAAUAUUCUGUCCUGACAUUUGCGCAGAUAUACCCUGGUUAAAGGACAUACACGCAUCAUUCCGUUAUACAUUUGCUGGAAUUAUGUUUUGUUGCUCUACGGAUUUCAUGAAGACCACAAAUUAUUUAAAUGGACUUCCAACAGAUGUUUUUGAUAAAACUUUUGAAAAUUUGUUAUAGAAAUCUAGUAUCCAUAGCAUUUUUAAUUGAAUUUAUGAAUUUAGAUUUGAUAUAAAAUACAAUUAAAAUUUUAUAAUUAAUUUGAGAAUUUCUAUUUGUAA